AUGUGGUCCUCGCUGUGGUUGUUCCCGUUGGGGCUGAGAGGUGUUCUUGCUGGAUUGUCUGACCUGGUUGGUGGAGAUCCAGAGGGUUUCGAAGACGGCCAUGACCUCCACCAUUUUGUAACGCGACCAGAAUUACAAGCACCACGCUACAUCGUCGCCAAACACCACCCCGAGGCUAUCUCGCCCGGGUACUGGUUCGUGACGCCAUACUCGAGCAUUGCAGCCAUGCACAAGACGCCCAGACGAGACCACAUUCCCUGUCAAACAGGAGCGCAUAUCUAUGAUGGAGAUGGAGUGUUAAUAUGGAGCGGAGCAUGCGAGUACGGCAACCGGAACAUCUUCAACUUCAGGCCGGUGAUGAUCGACGGUGUGCAGCAUUUCUCUUUUUGGCUGCCGAAGAGGACGAACGGAGAGAACAUACCUGAAGAUGAGAAGGAACAGACAGGAGUUCUGAUGAACACAAAUUUCCAAGAGGUGAACAGGACUUAUGUGCGUGGUGGGAAAUGGCUCGACGGGCAUGAGUACAAUGUCCUCCCCGACGGGAAAACAUUGCUUCUGAGCACAAUCUGGACGAUGAAGACAGAUGCAUCGGAUUUGGGAGAGAGCGAACGCGAUGUCUGGAACACCGGGUUCCGCGAGAUCGAUAUGAACACUGGCGAGGUACUGUUCGAAUGGAUUCCGACGGAAGGGCACGUCAAGCUAAGCGAGAGCUGUGAUGUGGUGGGCAUGGAUCCUAAGUACAACCCUGGGAAGCCAUGGGAUUGGUUCCACAUCAACUCAGUCGACAAGACCUUUAACGGCGACUAUAUUGUCUCGAGCCGACACACCAGCACGAUCUACAAGAUCUCGAAAGAGGAUGGGAGCAUCAUCUGGAGGCUCGGAGGGUGCGGCGGCUCCGAUUUUGACAUGGAAGAAGAUCUCGAGUUCCGUUGGCAACAUCACGCUCGGCUCCGGUACGAGAACAUGACCCAUACUGUCAUCUCGGUAUUCGACAAUCACGGUGAUGAUCAGGAGAGAAAUCCCGACAUCCCCAUCCACACUUCCGCGGGAAAGAUCAUGAUUUUGGACCACUCCACCCAACCCAUGACUGCGAAAAUGCUCCGACGGUUUGAUCGACCUGACGGCGACACCAGUCUUGCACUCGGGAACGUCCAGAUCAUUGGAAAGAAUCCGGAGACUGCGAGCUACUUCAUCGACUGGGCCUUCCCAGGCUACAUCAGUGAGUACGACAGUGAAGACCGUCUCGUGAUGGAGGCGAAGUGGAUGUCCGAACGCUUCCGCUCGUAUCGGGCGUACAAAGCGCCCUUUGUCGGCAAACCACUGGAUCCGCCCGCAUUCAAGAUCUUACCCAUGGGCUACGCGAAGGGCGAGGCUGCCACUGCAUUCUACGUCAGCUGGAACGGGGCUACGGAAGUGAAGAAGUGGGCGUUCUAUGGUGGUGAUAGCCUGAGCUCGCCACUGAAGCGGUUGGGUUUGGUUGAGAAGCAUGGUUUCGAGACUUCCUGGGUGGUUCCCGGCAUCGUGAAGUAUGCGUACGCGGAGGCCAUUGGAGAGGACAGCAAAGCUCUUGGCCGGUCCACAACCGUUUCGAUAUCGCCCUCGCGCGAUCUAGAGGAGCCGUACCUGAUCGCCACGCCCUUACUCGAUGGCGUUUCGAUGAACGACGAUGACAUGGCACCUGGCAGUCUCAUGGCACCAGACUCGGAAACGCCCCCAGUCUCGAAGCUCGAGCUCGGUGUAUCUGGUAUGGCAUCGAACACUGUCGCGGCUCCUCAGACAGGGACGUCAUACGUCUUCGUUGUUGGGUUCGCGAUCUACGGCGGGCUUGUCGCUAUGCGGAAUCUGAUCCAGAUGAUCGCAGCACGCGGCCAAUGGAGGGCUUACAAGUCGGGCCCCGUCCUGAAGACAUGA